AUGAGUGAAUUGAAACCAUUGGAACUUGAGUAUUUGGAUAAGAAUGUAAAAAAAAAGAAAAAAGAAAAAGAUGAAAAAAAAAAAAAUUUGAAUAAAAUUUUUAUGAAUAGAAAACAUAGUUUUAAAAAAGAAGGAUCUGAUAAUACAGAUGUACAUGAACAAAAUAUUUUAGAAAAUGAUAAAAAUGAAAAAAAUGAAAAAAAUGACAAUGAUAUAAUGAAUAGUAACAAAGAGAAUGAUAAUAAAGAUGGGAAAAGCAUUUUUCAUUCGUUUAGUAUAAAUAAAAUAUUUGGAGAGAAAAAAAAGGAUGACCCUGGUAAUAAUAAAAAUGUAAAGAAAGGUAAAAAGAGUAAGACAAAAAAUGAUAUAAGUAGUGUUAAUCAUAACACAUCCGGUAAGAAAGAUGAGGAUGAUAUUAUAAUAGAUAGCAAUACAAAGGAGAACAACAACGGCCAUAAUAAUGAUAAUAUUAAAAAUGUAAAUAAUAAUAAUGAUAAUAAUAAAAAUGUAAAUAAUAAUAAUGAUAAUAAUAAAAAUGACAAUAUUGAUUAUAAUAAUAAUGAUAAUAUUGAUUAUAAUAAUAAUGAUAAUUGCUAUAGUUAUGAUAAAUAUAAUAAUCUCCAUAAUGAUUGUAAUAAUCAACAUAGUGGGAAUAAUCCUGAUAAUGAUAAUAAUAAUAAUAAUAAUAUGAUGUCUGUCGAUUUAGAGAAUGAAACAAAAUUUUUGGAAGAUUGGGAAGUUACACAAAAGAAAAUAUACGAUCCAACGAUAGGAUUAAGAAAACAUUAUACGAAUGAGCUUUUGUCGUGUGGAGAAAAGAAUAAUGUAAGAAUCUUAGAAAAGUGGUCUUCUAUGGUUAAUAGAGAUAUUGUAUGGUUUCAUAAAGCACAUAGAACUACUUAUUUAAGAAGAGUAAAAAGAGGAAUCCCACAAAAAUAUCGAUGGAAAAUAUGGUUCCAUAUAACAAAUGCAAAGAACUUAUACAAUAAAUUUCAGAAGAAAUAUUAUUAUUUAUCUAAAAAGAAAUCUAAUUAUACAAAUUUAAUAUUAAUAGAUAUAUCAAGAACUUUUCCAGAAUUAUUAAUAUUUGAUAAAUAUGCACAACAACAAUUAUAUAGAGUUUUAAACGCAUAUUCGAAUUAUGAACCAUCUGUGGGAUAUUGUCAAGGUAUGAAUUUUUUGGUUGGAUUAUUAUUAAUUAUAAGUAAUUUUAAUGAGUUGGAAACUUUUUGUGUAUUAGUUAGUUUAAUGAAUAAUUAUUAUUUGAAAGAUUUUUAUAAAGAGAAGUUUCCUUUAUUAAAUCGUUUUAUAUAUUUAUUUGAAAGAAUAAUGCAAAAUGAAAUACCAGACUUAGUAGAUCAUUUUAAUAAUGAAGAAGUAUAUCCACCAGUCUAUUUACAUCAAUGGCUUUUGACAUUAUUUAUAGCUAGCUUACCUAUAAAAAGUGUUAUUGUAAUAUGGGAUUAUUUAUUUAGCACAAGUAUUAAAAAAAUUAUAAUUAUAUCUGUAGCACUUUUGAAAAUAUUAAAAAGUUAUUUAAUGAAACAUAAAUUUGAAAAAAUAUUGAAAUUAUUAAAAUCAUUAAAAUAUAAUGAAAGUAAUGAUGAUAUAUUAAUAGCUAAACUACUUAUAAAAAAAUCAGAGUCUAUUAUUUUAAGUAAUGAACUCUUAUAUCUAUUCGAAAAUAUUGAAAAUCAACAUGUACCAUUUAAUAGUCAAUAUAAAUUUAUAAUAGAUAAUAUAACCACAUGUCAUUUUAAUCAUAUACAAGAAAAUAUUACACAAAUGAAUAAUACAAAUUGUAUUAAUAAUUACGACACAGAAAAUGAUACAACAAAUAAUCAGGAUAAUAAUAAUAACAACAAUGGUAAUAAUAAUAGUAAUAAUAAUAAUAAUAAUAAUAGUUAUAAUUAUAAUAAAUAUAAACGAUAUAGCCAUUUGAUUAAUGAAGAUAGCAAUUUUGUUAUACUCGAUGGAGUUCCUUUACUCAAUUUUUUUUCUCAUAAUAUCUUGAAAAAAAAAAAUGAAGAAGAAUUAAAACCUACCUCCAGCCUUAAAUUUAGAGAUAAACAAAAAUCGAUCUCAUUAAAGGAAAGAGAAAAUAUCAAUACAUUUUAUUAUAAAAUUUUAAGUAGUAAUGAAAAAAAUGAAAUAAAUCAAAAAAAUCAAAAAAAUCAAAAUAUACACCAGGAUGUAAUUAUUAACAGUAGUAAUGAUGUAGCAUAUCAUGAUGUACUUAGCUCAUUAAAGGAAAGUAAUUCUGUUCAUAAUAUAUCUGAUGAGGAAAAUCCAAACCAUCCAAAUUUAAAAGACCAUAAUAAUAAAUAUUAUAAAAAUAAUAUAGCAACGGAUAAUUCUAAUGAUCACAUGGAUAUGUAUGUUAUGAAAGAAAACAAUCAAGAGGAAAAUAUAAAUAAUAUGAAUAGUAUAAAUAAUAUGAAUAGUAUAAAUAAUAUGAAUAGUACAAAUAGUAUAAACAAUAUAAACAAUAUAAACAGUAUUGAUUAUAUUAAUUAUAAUAAUUAUAAUAAUUAUAAUAAUAGUCUAAACAGUUCGCACGCUUCUGUGUCAAAAUCUUUAAAUCAGAAACCGCAAAAUGAUCAUGAAAAUAUUAACAAGACACACACCAAACAUAUAGCAAAUGAUAAAGAGAAUGUUGGAGAAUAUCAUAUGAUUAAUCAAAAUAUAAAAAAUCAUCACAUGCAUGAACUUAAUAUGUGUGAUAAUGAUCAUAAAGAGGAUAACUCCCAGCUAUAUCAUAAGAACGAUAUACAUAUUCAACAUUCUAAAUCAAAUGAAAACAAAAAUGAUAGGAAUAGUAUGAGCAACUUGAAAAGACAUGCAUAUUAUUUUAAUAAAGAAGAGGGGCAAGAAGAAAUAGCAUUCCAUCAGGAAAUGAAUGAGUCCAGAAUUUAUGGUGAUAACAAUGUCAAUUCUUAUAAGAAGGAAAAUGAACAAAUGAAAAAUAUUAAGUAUUUGAAUGAUUCUAAGGAGAAGGAAAAUAUUUUUAUACAUAUGAAUAAUAAAGAAGGUCAUAAUGAUGAACAGAAGGAAAACAUAAAACAUAAACAUCGUGAAGAUGAAAAUGAAGAUGAAGAAAAAGAGGAAGAAGAAGAAGAAAGUAUUCUAAAUAUAUCUCAAUAUAUUAGUUAUAAUGAAAAAGAAACUUCAUCAAAAAAUAACAACAAUGAUAAUGAAAAAAAUGAUGAUAAUAAUAAUUUUGGUUUCUUUAGUCUAAUUAAUUCAUAUGCAAAAGAUAAUAGUUGGUUUGAUGUCUCGACCAUAAAUAAAUAUUAUCAAUUUAAUAAAAAGGAUGUUGAUCGAGAACUUGACAAUAUAAAUAGUACUGAAAAAAAGGAAUAUAAUGAUACAGAUCUGGUAGACGAUGCUCACACAUUUUAA